AUGACCUAUUCACCAGUCGCGGUGAGAACGAAAAAGAUUGUGUUUCAUAUGACGGCGGUCUUAAGCCUUGUGUACCAAAUCAGGUCGCCAAUGCUUCGCUCAGGACCGGCUAUAACUGGCAUUACCUGGCCUUCAUUUGAAGUCCAUGCUACGGGGCGUGGUACUACUGUGUAUGGCCUUUCAGCAAAUCGCCUUUCGAAGCAUUGCGGGAAUCCGAAUCGUCCCUCCACAUGGCCAGAGCCAAUAAGCGCAACCAUUCUCGUACCAGGGUGCGCUUUCAAAGAAAGAGAAACAGAUUGGCUCAUCCAUUCUUCCCAGAACACCUGA